GCCAGGUGAAAGAAACAUGCUCUCCGUAUUCUGAGAGGGGAAGGGAACGAACGAGCUCCGGCACGGCGGGCGGCGUUCCGGUACCACAUCGUGCUGAGACACCGAUCUGGGGCUUCCGGUGUCUCACCUUUACAACCGAAAAAUCCGGUGUACCCAUCCAACACCCAAUCUGUCCAAACCAUCUAUACUGCAAAGAUGGUCGACUCUCAGUAACUCAGGCUCACUGCCCGGUUCUACUUCGUUAUUUCUCCCUGCGACCGAAAUAGGGCCACCGCAACUUUCAACCCCGGUGCGCUUAUGUCUCGCCCUCUGGUUGUGUAGGUUCUCGGAAAUGUAUAACUGUUCUCCAACUCCAGAGCGACAUCCUCAUCCUGCUCCAAGUUGUGGACGCUCACACCAUGAUUUUGACCAUCUCUACCGUCGGGAUCUUAGCACUUGGGACUUUGUCUAUGGCUCUUUCGGUCAAGCCUUCACCACGAAAUGCUUGGUCUCAGGCUCAUAUAGGGAUAGAAGAUGGUUCGGAGACCACUGCUUCGUGUGUGAUCGACAAGCCCGUCGUGGCUCAUCAUAUGGUUGGGUAUACCUACUCGUACACACCAAGCGAUUGGGCAAGCGACAUUUAUUUGGCCGCCACCAACGGCCUAGACGGGUUCAUCCUCAACAUGGGUGCCGAUCCCUGGCAACCUGCACGCAUCUCCGAUGCUUUCUCAGCCGCAGAAGCUUUCAAUGCCAACGUCUCCUCCACCUGCGCGACACAGAGUGCUCAUACCUUCGUCGACGACAUCGACACAUUUGAUUCCAGCUCUUCAUUCGCUGCGACCGGCCCUAGAUCCACGAAUAACUGUACCGCUAAACCCUUCAAACUUGCCAUCUCAUUCGACAUGUCGUCCUUUCCUUGUGCGAAUUCCAACGACGCAUCAAACUUGCGCUCGAUCGCCACCGCGCAUUCAAAUUCUUCGGCGCAGCUACAGAUUUGUACAGCCGACGGGAAUGGAGGAAUGAGUUUGCAACCUGUGUUGAGCACGUUUGCGGGAGAGGCCUGUGGGUUUGGGCAGGCAGGGUGGCAGAGCGUGACUAGUGGGUUUUGGUUUGCGCCAGCAUUCUUUGACAUGAGUAAGGGGUGGACGGGAUGGAGUGGGGUUCAAGCGAGUUUGAACUGGAAUGGCGGGUGGCCCCAGGGUAACAACGAUAUCUCGUUCUCUAACGAUCAGACUUGGAUUUCGGAGACGAAUGGAAAGGGAUAUGUCGCCCCGGCUUCGCCUUGGUUCUAUGCGCAUUACGGUCCAGAGUCUUACAACAAGAACUUCAUAUAUCGACCAGAUGACUGGUUGUGGGCUUCGCGUUGGGAACAGCUCAUCGCGAAUAGGGAGCAGGUGGCUAUGGUCGAAGUUGUAACCUGGAAUGACUACACCGAGUCUUCUUAUAUCACUCCUUUCAAAGGCGAGCUUCCUCCCUAUAGUGAAUGGGUAACGAAGUAUGACCACCAAGGGUGGUUGAAGAUGCUCCCGUACUAUAUCCAAGCCUUCAAGACCGGAGUCUACCCGGCAAUCACCCAGGAUAAGUUUUAUCUUUGGGGACGUUUAUAUGAUAAGAAUGCGCAACCUACGGGGGACUCUGUCGCAAGACCUGCCAAUGCUGAUUGGACUUCGAACACCCUCUGGGCCGUGGUGCACCUUGCCCCCUCCCUCGCCACAAACACAUCAAUAACACUCACUUGCGGUUCAUCGACCAGUACUACGUCCUAUUCCGCCUCCGGCGUUUACAAACUAUCGCUACCUUUCAUCGAUACCUGUGAUGUCUCUGCCCAAAUCACGAGGAACCAGGGAGUGCUGUCGACAAUUACGAGGUUUACGCCGUCAGGCAUGCAUUAUAGUGCGCAGGGGCCGCAGUAUUGGGACUUCAAUGCGUUUGUGGCGAGUGCUUAG